UUUGAGGUCGCUGCAGUAGUUCGCAGUAACGGUCGAAAACUUUGAACUCUUGCUUGCCGCUCAUUCCUCUGCACGCUGUUAUGAAGAGUGGUGGUUGACGUCACACAGUUUCUCGCGCGUCAGUUUCGUGAAUGUGUAAGAUCCUCGAAGCUGAACAGUGAAAUCUGGAUUAUUUGUGCAAUUGAUGGAUGUUUAAGGGAUUACGAGUGGAUAUUAUAUCAAGUGAUGGUUGAAAUAAGGUGAAAUUGUGUUAUGUUUUUUUGUUUUGUUUUCGAGGACAACCACCAACAAUGAGGAUUUAAAUUGUGGAGUGCGUGUAUUGGAAUUUUUACGAACUUGACGAACUUUCACAACGAAAACGAUGGGUCUCUGCACAAAAGUGACGCUGAUUUUCCUACUAGUUACGUUCGUUUCCUCCGAAGACGGGAUUAGGGACACAAGGGAGGGCGAAGACGUAACGCUGGAGUGUCGGUUUCCUCCUCAAUCGUCCAGGGAUACUUUAACUUAUUAUUGGGCCAAGAAAAACAAGCAGACCCACGACAACGUAGCCAUCGGAAACGUUCCGCUGGAUACCAAUUAUAGAUUGAAUUAUCAAGUGGAGAACGGUAUCUAUGACUUAUUGAUAUCCAAUGCCAGUUACGACCGAGACAACGGCAAGUUCGAAUGUAAAGUCAAAGCAGGAGGAUCUGGAGCCAAUCUUCACGUUCAGAGGUACUUACUCACCGUACUAACGGCUCCUCAAGAGCCUGCCAUAGCCCCAAGUUCAUACGUAACAGUCACUGAAGGAAAGAAGCAGGAGUUGACGUGUUCCAGUAUCGGUGGUUCCCCUGAUCCAGAAGUCAAGUGGUAUAGGGAUGGAUCCCAAUACCCUCUGGAAGCGGCUUUAAAAAAUGGGGGCUCGAGGGACCAGCCGACCACCGCUACCCUCACGAUUAACCCUACAAAAGAAGACGACGAAGCUACAUUUCGCUGCGAAGUAUGGAACAGAGCCCUUCCCGAUAACAAAAAAUUGAUUUCCAUCGUAGCACUCAGCGUUAACUAUUUUCCUCGUGUCGAAGUCGGUCCUGAAAAUCCCCUGCGCGUCGAACGGGAUUCACAAGCCACCUUCCAUUGUUCCGUCGACGCCAAACCGAAAGUCACGACGAUACGAUGGACCAGAAACAACAGAUUUAUCAGCUCGGCACAUAACCACACUAUCCACCGGGUUAGCAUCCAGGACGCCGGGAAAUAUACUUGCAUAGCAGAUAACGGCCUCGGCAGAGUCGGCGAGAAGGAAAUGACGUUGGAUGUGUUGUACGCUCCAAUAGUCACGUUGGACGCCAAAACAAAGGAAGCCGAGGAGGGAGACUCUGUCCAUAUCAAAUGUAAUAUAACAUCCAACCCCAGUCCAGUUACAGUCGAAUGGGUUAAAGACGGAAAACCUGAUUUUCGACAAAGUGGCGACACCUUGCGGAUAAGCCACGUUACCUCUGAACACUCUGGUACUUACAUCUGCCGUGCUGUGAAUGUUAUCACACCAAGUAACGCACCUGUUCGAAUAUCUGAAAAAAUCGGGAAUGCUUCCAUUGCUUUGCUCAUUCGGCAUAAGCCCGGUACUGCCAGGAUUAUGCCGGAUAAGCCCAUUGCGACAGAGGGAUCUGCUGUGACUUUAACCUGCACUGCGACUCCUCCGGGUUGGCCAGCUCCUCAGUAUCGCUGGUUCAAAGUCGAAUCAAACGGUGAAAGCAAAAUUCUGGCAACUGGGACCAAAUACACCAUUCCCAACGCUAAUCUAGCAUCCGAAGGAGUCUAUAACUGUCAAGCCACAAACGAACUGGGACUCGGCGAAAUAGCUUCCGUCGAAUUGGAAGUCCACCAGCCUCCCAGCUUCAAAUACAAACUGAAACCACUUGAAACUAAGCGAGUGGGAGAUCCGAACUUUUCUGUGGCUUGCAGCGCGAAGGGAAAACCGCGGCCAAUGGUGAGAUGGUUGAAGGAUGGUGAAGAACUAACUGCUGAUGUGAAUAUGUAUGAAGUCAAGACUGAUUAUGCGGAAACCAGCAACGGGGCGGUUAGCGUCCAAAGUGUUCUGAAGUUCACAGGGAAAGCAAGGCCAAAUGGUAAUGAGUUGCUGCCUUCUGAUAGGGGAGUAUAUGCUUGUACAUUCGAGAACGAAGUCAAGAAGUCGGAGUCGACUAUGCAUCUUAAAAUCGAACAUGAACCAAUCGUGCUGCACCAUUUCAAUAAAGUAGCAUAUGACAUCUCGGAAAGAGCAGAAGUUUUAUGCAAAGUUCAAGCAUAUCCUAAACCCGAAUUCAAGUGGUUCUUAGGUACUAACAUCAGCCCUCUUCAUUCUUCAUCGGAAGGGCACUAUGUGGUGCACACAACUAAUGAUGAUAAUGAUGUAUACACUAGCCUCCUCAGAAUAUCUGAUAUCAAGAAACAGGACUAUGGAGAAUACACCUGCCAGGUUGUCAACAGUUUAGGAACUAUUGAAACCAAGAUCAAGCUUCAGUCGAAAGGUCCCCCAGAGAAGCCUACUAAAUUGGUUGCAUUGCACAAUGGACCCAAUUUUGUAACUCUGGGCUGGGAACCAGGGUUCAAUGGUGGAAUUUCUAACACAAAAUAUUUUGUAUCAUACAAGAAAAUCAUCAGUGACCAUGAUAUUAUUGUUGAAGGGUGUGGAUCUUCUUCCAGAUCAGGUGAAUGGAAAGAGGUGGAUUGCCAUCAAAAUGUUCCUUGUAAUGUUACUCACUUGGAGCAGCAUCAGAGCUACUUGUUUAAGGUUAAAGCUCUGAACACAAAAGGUACUAGCGAGAACUCUCAAGAAAUCAGAGAAAGAACUCGAGUAGAUAGAAUUCCUGUUCCUCAACGAGUUGCCUAUGAUAGAGCUUCUCACACCCUAUCUAUUAAUGUCCCAGCAACUUGUCUUCCCUUAAUAGCAGUGGUAGAAACUGUAAGUAAUGACAAUCAUCCCAUCACUGCCUGGCAGGUCGUGGACAAUAUGGAGUUGCAAGUUUCUGGCUUGGUUCCUACAUAUAAAGAGAAAAAUAUGGAUCAAAUUAAAUCCAGAUUUUUCAAAGGAAGGUCUCUCACAGAUGAUCCUAUCGGAGUUAAUGAUGAUGAAAGCCCCAGAGUGAGAGUAAAACUCUGCCUUCAAACUCACUCAGAUCAUUGUGGUGAAUUUGUAGAAGCAGAAUUAGGCUACGCUCACAUUCGAGAAGCAUCUGCAUUGACAACUCCAACCCUGAUUGCUAUUGUGGUCUCCUGUAUAGUAUUUCUUCUAUUCGUCGGACUGUUUUUGGUAUUCUGCAGGUGUAAGAAGAACCAGUCCAAGAAAUCUCAGCAAGCCAAAGACUAUGAAAUGGAUUCUGUGAGACCCACCAUCGUACCUCAACAAAAUCAAGCACCACCUCCGUACUAUCCCUCUUCAGGUAUGGAGAAUAAAGCUCUAGAACAUUCCUUGGAUUUGGCACUUGCCAUGGAAGACCAGAAAUCUGUAUAUGCCACCCAGAAUGGUUAUGGAUACCAUGUUGCCAAUACAGAUAUGCAAAGUAGACAGAAUAUGAAUAAUACUGACUGGGCCAACAUGGGAUACUUGGAGAACAGCUACUCAAACUCAAACAAUGGCGGCAGUGUAAACUCUCAAGAUUCUCUGUGGCAAAUGAAGAUGGCGGCAGCUUCCACCAACUCUAAUAAUCAGCUUCAGCCUCACCAUAUGAAUGUGGAUAGACAAAAUACAUACGGAUAUGAUCCUAUCACUCACGGAGGUUAUGGCGCUGUAGAUGAUUAUGCACCCUAUCCCCACAUCACAACCCAAAGUAAUCAUGGUGAUGAUUAUAUGAGGAACAGUAACAAUCCGUCCAGACAAGACUACUGUAGUGACCCGUAUGCUGCUAUUCAUAAACCUAAGAAACGCAUUGAGCAACAUAUAGAUUCACCUUACCAUGAUGUAAGUGGCCUCCCUGAUCCUUACCUGGAACAAAUGGAGGAUGAAAAACCACCACAGCAUAUGUCGCUGAAUUAUGAAGAAAGUCUAGAAAGUGGCUACUCAACUCCAAACUCACGAACAAGAAGAGUUAUUCGAGAAAUUAUUGUGUAAUUUGUUUCCUCGUCGCUGGCAAUCUCUAACAUCCCCGAAUUUAGAAUAGAGAUAGGUAACUACCUUCAACUUUCUUUCUGAAACGUUAUCUUCUUGAGUACCUGACAGAUCAUCGUUUUUAACACAGUAUUGUUGAGUUGCCUUUACUCUCAUUACACCUCAUUUUAUAAAUAUUAUUCGCAUUCCAAGAAAUACAUAAAAUGUUAUCCAAUAAAAAUGUUUUGAGUUACGUUGUCAUCCAUUUUAAUAAUUCUGAAAAGAAAAAAUAAAUUAUCAGUGAACAAACAACAAGUUUUUCUAUUUAUUUAUAAUUUUUGAAACUCGCAGUGGAACAAGCACUGUAAACCUGAUUAUUAUAUUCUGUUAGUCAUUGAAUUGACCAGUUCUUUAGUAGAACAGAAUAGUUAAAAAAAUAUUUUCAUAUUUUUAGACAAAAUAUAUGUCGUUUUACCUCUGAGCAAUUUUUUUCUAGCAAAGUGGAAUUUUUCAUCUGCGUAAGAGCAUGCUCCGAAUAUUACUGCAGUACAGCUCAGCGAUUUUCAGUGUAACCAACAUUUUACAAUUCAUUAGAUAUAAUUUGUAUUAUUUGAAUAAAUAGAAAAAUGAAAUGACAAAUCCACUUUUCUAUAAAGAGAACACCUAAUCUCAACAUGUAAUUAAUACAUAGCCAUAAUUCUUUCUUUUGUCUCUCAUUAUUUAUGUUGAUAAUGUUGAAAAAUUAAAUUAUGUGAAACUUGAUAUACAAUUAUUUAUUUUAUUGCCCAACUAUAAAAUGGUUUUAUUAUUCAAGACUGACUGAAACUUGUAACUUAUGUCAAACGUCAAUUCUAAUAGUCUCUGAUAAAAUAUGUAUGUUGAUCAAAAAGUUAAUUUGAGAGACCACGUGUUCCUCAAUACAUGAGGUGAACACCUUGUAACAAGUUGAUUAGAUUUUAUAUUUCAUAUUGAAAGAGGUAUAUUUUUAGCAUAAAUUAAAUUUUUGGUAAAAAAAGGUUUUGGCUUUCUAGUUCUCCAUUUUAAUAAAAAAAAGUGAGAAUAUUUCAAAGAAAGGAAGAAAACAGUUAGUUUCUAAAUAAACUCUACAAAGAUAUGUAGAUCAUGCAAAGAAGUAACUUUCAGGCACAACUACUUCCAUAAAAAUAUUGAAUCACGCGAAAGAAAAAAUACUUUUCAAACAACUACUUUUAUAUGUACAUUGAAUUAUACUUUUUCUAUUCAGAUUGUACUCCAAACUUUCGUUGUGGAAUUGAAUCAGGUAUAAUUCACUAUAUUGUGUAACAAUCCUUUGAUUUCACUAUAUUAUGUAGCAAUCCUGGGAAUGUGAUCUAAUUCAAUUCUACAACGAAUGUUUGAAAUAAAAACUGAAUAGAAAAAUGUGUUUUUUCUUAUGUGUAAUUCAAUAUUUAUAUGAAAGUAGUUGUUUUGAGAGGGUUUUCAGUUCAUGUCUAAAAGUUAUUCCUUUGCAUAAUCUACACAUCUUCAUGAAUAAUUUAUUUUUAAAUUACUUACUUUUUUCCUUUCUUUGAAGAGCCGAAAUUUUUUCUUCCCAAAUCUUAUGUUUAUUUUAUAGGAAUUGCAGAAUGAUUCUCAUUAUAAUUUUUUUAUAAGUAUAGCUUCAGAUUAUUUAGGAAGUGAAUUUGUUUCUCGAUUGGAAUUGAAUAAUAUUCAUAAAAUUUGUACCCAAUAUAUCUGUGCUUAUUUUUCACUCAUUAUAUGUAUAAACAACAACCCAUUAAGGUAACACUCAACACCUACUCUUUUCACAAUUAGAAUUAACAAUGAAUGUUCGCAAUUUUGUGUGACAUUUUGAAACAUGCCAUUUUCAAGUGACCUAACAUUGCCAUUUCGCCAAGUUCAUGGCAGAACAUUACAUAACAAAAAACAGUUUUUUAAAGAUGUGAUUUAAAUUGCAAUAAGUGAUUGUUGUGCUCUAUUGUUGUAUUUGAUUAUUGCACAUUUUUUAUAUGUUGUGUUAUUUUCAAUUCUUUCUAUUGAAUCAAAGUUCUGGUUAUUUUUUAUGUUUUGCAUUUUUUGUUCAUGGAAAAUGUGCCAAAUGAAAGUAACACAAUUUAUACAAAUGUUAGAUAUUAUGUUUUAUGUGGUAAUUGUACUUAAUUGUAAUUUCAGUCUACUUAAUUUUACUCAUAAUUAGAAAAUGCACUUCAAUUUUUUUUGAACUGAUCUCAUGUAAAUGCUCAUUUGCUUUUUCAAAAAUUGUUACAUUUAAAAUCUCAAUAUUAAUUUUUCGUUUGGUUGAUUUCUUAUAGCUCUUCAUAUGUCAGUCAUAAUCAAAACGUUCUUCAAUUUUUGAACAACCAAAUGACUUAUUUGUUUUGACAAUAUGUUGUUUCAUUUCAGAUAGAAAACCGCAAAAUUUUAUUUAUAUGAACAAAUCUUGUAUGUGUAAAUGUUUUUGUAAAUAAGAUAUGAAAAAGACUAUUAUUUUGUAAAUUUAAGAUUAGAUAGUUACUAAGAAUAAAAUAUACAUUGUAUUUUUACUUUGUAAAUACAUAGAUAUAAUGCACUUUUCAUUUGUAUUUCGAAUUUUUGUAAAUAAAUGUCUAUUUAAAAAAUUUCUA